GAUCAGAUCAGGUCAGGUCAGGUGGAACCACCCACUCAGCCCCGCCCGGUUCCGCACCAAUCCAAGCCACCCCAAAACCCCAGGAAGAAACCCGGCGAGGAUCCUCACUUCCCUUCCCACCCCCAACCCCUAGGCCCUAGCCCCCUCGCCGGCGACCAUGCCCGCCGCCGCCGCCUCUGCUGCGGUCACGGCGUCCUACACCAACUACAUCCCCGACUCCGUCAAGACCUUCGUCUCCGACCUCUACCGCUACAUCCGCGACGGCGACGCGAGCGGGACCCUCGCGCUGUACGACGAGACCUUCCACCGCCUCUGCGCCGGCCCCUACCGCGCCGCCCCGUGGCCGCCCGCCGAGGCCGUCGCGGCCUGCUGCGACAACGACCAGUUCUUCCUCAUCCUCUACCGCGAGCUCACGUUCCGCCACGCCCACGCGCGCCUCCCGGGCCUCCUCACCCUCAAGCACCGCGCCGACUCCUGGGACAACUACUGCUCCCUCUUCGCCGUCGUCCUCCAGGGCGUCGUCGACGCGCAGUUGCCCGACAAGUGGCUCUGGGACAUGGUCGACGAGUUCGUCUACCAGUUCCAGAGGUUCUGCCAGUACCGCGCCAAGCUCAAGGACAAGUCCCAGGACCAGAUCAACCUACUCAAGCGCUUCGACCAGGCAUGGGAUGUGUAUGGGGUUCUCAAUUACUUGAAGGCACUGGUGGAGAAGUCGAUGAUCAGAGAGAUCUUGGAGAGGGAAAAGGAGGGACUUGAGCACUCCACGAUGCAGAACGACAACGAUGGUGGGAGCAAUGUGUUGAAGAUGCUGGGGUAUUACAGCAUGAUUGGGCUGCUCAGGGUGCAUUGCCUGAUAGGGGAUUACUCUACUGGGCUCAAGUGCUUGUCGCCUAUAGAUAUUAACCAGCAGGGUGUCUACACCACUGUGAUUGAGAGCUGCAUUUCCACUAUCUACCACUAUGGUUUUGCCAACAUCAUGAUGCACAGGUAUUCUGACGCGAUAUAUCAGUUCAACAGAAUUCUGCUGUAUAUGCUAAAGUAUAAGGAAUACCACCAGAAGUCUCCGCAAUAUGACCUGCUACUGAAGAAGAAUGAGCAGAUGUAUGCACUUUUAGCGAUCUGCCUCUCAUUGUGCCCACAGACCAAUCUAAUAGAUGAAAAUGUUAGUAUUGAGCUGAAGGGAAAGUAUGGUACCCAAAUGACAAAGAUGCUUAGAUGUGAUGGGGAGAAAUAUUAUGAUGAACUCUUUUCCUUUGCCUGCCCCAAGUUCAUUGAUGCAUCGCCCUCAGUUUUCUACAACCAGGAUACAUAUCGUCUUCAAUUGAAGCUGUUUCUUGCUGAAGUGAAGCAACAACAGUUACUUCUUGGUGUCAGAAGCUUUCUAAAGUUGUUUUCAGUGAUAACCAUUGGUAAACUCGCCCAUCACAUGGGAUCGAAUGAGACCAGUGUAAGGGAAAUCCUUAUGGCGUACGCACACAAAACACAUGCAGUUGACAAUGAUGGACAUAUCAUAUCCAAUGCAGACUUUGACUUCUAUAUUGACGAGGACACAAUUCAUGCUACUGAACCCAAGUCAAUCAAGCACCACAAUGAUUACUUUUUGAAGCAUAUUUUGAAGUUUGAGGAAGUGAUUGGCGAGUUGGCUCAAUUACAAAGUUACUGAGCCUGCAAUUUCCACGGAUGAAGAAGCCUGCCUGUUCUUUUUACGACGAGAUGCACUGCUGUUGGCUAAGGCUAGUACAGAUGAUUUUGAUGUUGCCUUGAGCUGUCCUUUUUGACUGCGCUGCCGUGAACGGAAUCCUCACCAACUAGAAGGUUCUGGAUUAAUUAACGAUGCUAACUCUUUCAGCCAUAUGUGACGACGGCACGUUCUGCUCAUUAACAUUGUUUCUGUGUCACAGAAUUGGCACAUCCAAAUGGUUCUGAUGUUUUUUCUUUGCGGGUACAAAUGGUUCUGAUGUCUAUGUGUCACGGAAUUGUCUUUUUUUAUGGGGUCACCGUAUUGUCACGUGUGGAUAGUUCUGAUGUUCAUCUAAAGAAAUGGUUCCACUCUCUGCUUUC